AUGAUAUUUGAAAAUGACUAUGUCACGGCAAAACGAGAAGGGUCAUCACUACUGCGUGUAUGGCCAUGUAUACCAAUUAAAAAUGACGAGUACUCUUUCAAAGCUACUAAUCUUAGCGAAUGUUUCGACUUAAUCCCAAUUCAGUUCAAAGCAGAAAGUCGGGAACACUUAGCAUUCCUUAAUCCACUAACCAUGACAAUUGAGCCCACAGCUCGAAAAGCACCUUGUUCAAUAUAUGGGAAAACAAUUGUAGAAAUAAAUCAUGAGGGAACUCAAAUCCUACAGUAUACCUGAAAUAAAAUCACACUCAUUCCAUCAAUUAAUGCUAGUAAAUCUCACGGAUCUUAAAACGCACACUUUUAUG